GUCUGGCCGGACCGGUGCCGGGUAUUAAUUUUUUUGGUGCUUUGAUUUAUUUUUUUAUCAUUUUUUUCUAUUUCCUUCUUUAGAUUUAUUCUUUUAAUUAUUUUGUUAAAUUUAAAUUUUAUUUUAAAAGAAAUGGAAGCUUCAGCAGAAAUGAAAUGGGGAUUAAUUUGUUCAAUUGAUGACCAAGAAAAUGUGAAGGAAUACAUUGACUUUAGUAUUUGGAUGGUUAAUCAAUUGGAAAUUAGCGCCUCAAAAUUGCAACUUGGACACAGAUUUGAUGAAACUCCGACAUUUGUUUUUCAUGCAAUUCCUGGUUCAAUCGACCAAUCUCGAGAAUGUUACGAAACUAUAGCUAAACAACAUCCACAAGUUAUUUAUGUUAUUCACAUUUUGCCGAGUAAGGAUUCUUUGGAAUAUCAAGUUUUGAAGGAACACACUUUGGCUGGGGCGCUUGUUGGACAAGGCGUUCUUGCCGAAAAUGCUCUCGCUUAUUUUAAAUGUUAUGAAUUGGAUGAAGUUAUGGCAAACAUGAAUCAAUGGAUUGGGAGACGUCUUGCACAAAUUACAGCACGGCGAACUGCAGAACAAGAAAAAGAUGAGGGAAUUUCUGGUGAUAUUUGGUCAAAUAAUAACGGUCAAAAAGCCGAAAAUAAAGAUUGGGGUUUUUCAAAAAACACAAAAUUAGAGCAAACAAAAGGAGUAGAAGGAGGAGGGAAUCCUUCAAAUUAUUCUUCAAAAAAUUUUCAAAAAUAUACUAGAAAAGACAAUUAUCGUUUAACUGUUGCAACUGGGGCUAAUGCUACAAAUCUUUUUUUGGGAGGAGAAGGAAAUAAAAAUAAUAAAUUUGAUCGUCGUUCGCCUUCGUUUAAUGCUGAUAAUAAUUUUGAACAGUGUGUGGAUGUUGUUUUACAUUCGUCGUUUCAGAGUUUUUUUUUUAAUUUUUUUUUAAUUUUAAAUUGGGGGAUCUUCGGGGUGGAUCUUGUCCUAUGCCGCUAACAAGGAGGGGGACUGCGAUGGUAUUUGUGUAGUUUCCGUCCCAUAAACCCCGCCCCUUUUUUUCUCUUCCUUUUCUUUGCUAAAGUGACAUUUGGUCCACAGAUCUUGCACUAUGACGAUAAAUACCCGCGCCGGGUGGCUUAUGGGAUGGAAACUACACAAGUACUGACGAAUUUUUUGGCUUUAAAGGGAAGGGUCCUAGCCGCAAGUUUAUAAUUUAGAAUUAGAGUAUUGUUCACUUUCGGUCAUUUCCCUCCCAAUAAUUUUUUAAUUUUCCUUUUUAAGUUUUUUGGCUUUAAAUGGUGGUCUACAUUCGAUUUCGUAUUUUUAAAAAUUUUUUCUGAUUUUUAAGUAAUAUUUUUUGGGCAAUUCUUGGGCAAGUCAAUAUUUUUAAAUAAAAAAAUAUUGAAAAUUUUCAUUAAAUAAUUUUAAAAAUUUUUUUGACAAUUUUGGCGGCCGUCCUCAACAGACUAACAAUAAUAACAUCAAACCUUUCAAUGUUCGUGAUUUAAAUUCUGGUAAUGAAAUUGGGAGGGAGAAUGAAGUGUUGGUUAAAG